AAGGAAAUAAAAAAAUCCGCUUGUACAAUUUCAUCUAUAUCGAAUUUUAAUAUCAGAAUAGCCGAUAUAGUCGUCAUUCAAUGGGUUAGGUCCACUUACUUUUUCUUGAUUUAGAAUUUGAUGCUGGGUUUGAUAAAAACAAUGGAGAAGUAAGAAUACUUUGGUUUGGCGAUUCAUAAUAGCGAUUGGACAUCUAGAAUAUUCCUGUCCAAAAACAAAAAUUUGAAUAAUUAGACAUGAAGAGGACUACUUUGUCAGUACAGAGUAGACUAGUUCUAAUAACUACAAUUAUUCAUUAUUAUUUAUACUAAUAAUAAUGAAUAAUGUUUCACUUUUUAACUAUAACUCGUAAUAAUCAGAAGUCAUUAUAAUGGUGGUUACCCUUUUCUUUUUAGAAAUAAAAAGAAAUCUCUAUUCUCCACCGAAAAACAAAGACUCAAACUUUAGUUUAGUGGAAAAAGCCCCUUAUCGGAUUUGAACCGAUGACUUACGCCUUACCAUGGCGUUACUCUACCACUGAGUUAAAAGGGCUUGUUUUAUUCGAUUCAUGAAUUAUAGCCUUUUUCCAUUAUGAGUCUACUGCAUAAUAUAUGUACAUGAUAUAUACAUAUAUGCACAUAAUAUAUACAUAGUUCAUUUAGGAGCAAUCAAUUUGAUUUACCCCCCAAAAGUAAAAAGUGGGCAAAUUUUUUAUUUUUUUUUUUGAUAAAAAUAAUGCAGUGAAUUGUUUCAAGACCGACCCCGCUUGUUUACCUUUACUGACUCAUCAAAACAAGAUUCACUUGAUUGAUACAUGUACCAAUCUGACAUCGACAUAGAUUCGAUAGAUUUUCUUGAAUCAUGUGAUGAGGGUAUUCGUACCCUGAACCGAAUUCUUAUAAAAAAAUAAAAAAGAAAAAAGGAAAAUUUCUAUCGUUUUUUAAUUUUCUGACUUAAUGUGAGAUAGUGAUAGGCAUAUUUUAUCUGAACAAUGAACGAAGCAAUGAGUUAAGUUAAAAUUAAUGAGUUAAAAUUGAAGAAAAGAAAUUAAGUGGGGUUCUACCCCCUUUUCUGUUCUGUCGGACCAAUCACUGCCUGAACUGACGGAGUCCUGUACCUCCUUUCGCUAUAUAAAAUAGUAUGGGAUGGUUCAUUCAUGAACCAUCAAAUCCAAAACAAAAUUCUAUGGAAUCAUAACAUAAAAGUAGAAAAGAGUGUUCAGAUCUAGUCAUAUCAUUAGAUUAUAUUGACAAUUCCAAAAAACUACUCAUACUAUCAUCAUAGUAUGAUGACAGUUGGGCGGAUAUGCCCCUAUCGUCUAGUGGUUCAGGACAUCUCUCUUUCAAGGAGGCAGCGGGGAUUCGACUUCCCCUGGGGGUACUACGAAAGGAAGUUGAUCAUGGAUUAUCAAUAAGCCUAGAAGGAAUUCUUCCUGGGUCGAUGCCCGAGCGGUUAAUGGGGACGGACUGUAAAUUCGUUGGCGAUAUGUCUACGCUGGUUCAAAUCCAGCUCGGCCCAAAAAUUCGCCGCUCCAUGAAUAUGAUAUAACCAAUGAUAUAACCAAUUUGUCCCCCAGAAACAAAAAUACCUGAUCCGUAAAAGAGAAAGAGUCCAUUUUUGUUUCUCUAUCCAUGUUUUUCUCAUUCGUUCUGAUCUUUUCUUUCUAACGAUCUAGAUUCAUAAUACUUAAUCAAAGCAAAGAUUAUGAAAGGAAAAAUCGUUUUUUCUCAAUGAAAGGUUGAUUAUCUAUUUUUGGCAAUAAAAUAAAAUAAACACAGGUUACUAGUAAUCCGUGUCACUUUCACUAUAGUCCAUAUCUAUGUGUUCUAUGUGUAUAUGAUAUCAGUUAGUAUAUCAUUCGUGUCUCUGUUACAACGCGACGAAGAAAAUGUUUUUCUGAAACCAUUAAGAAUAUGUAUACCAUACACCUCGCUGGGAUUGUAGUUCAAUUGGUCAGAGCACCGCCCUGUCAAGGCGGAAGCUGCGGGUUCGAGCCCCGUCAGUCCCGAACUAGGAUCCGACCGAUGAAUGGAGAAAUGAAUUUAUCUAUUUUCCGUGAAAAAGGAGACAGGGGGCAAGAUCUAAUCCCCAGUGGAGAUCCUUAUUUCUUUUGUUUUUCAUUUCGCAUUUAUCAUCAGACAAAUACAGGAAUUUCCAUUUCUUCCACUAGUGCCGAGUGAUAAGGGAGAGACAUAACAUAUAUAGAUUCGUACAAUCGGUGGUAUUCCUAUAUUUAGUAUUUUAAGAGAUACUCGUCUGACUUUCUUUUUCGAUUUUCUUGAUAAAUGAAAUAGAAUAGAGUGCUCCUAUUUUUACCGAGAGUACAUACGCAAAUUGUAUUCGUUUAUUGUACAAUACAUAAUGAACUUAACAUAAUUACCUCGACAGAGUACUUGUCAGGUUAAACGACAACCCUUUUUAGCUUCGACUUUGUUUGUGUAUCCUCAAUGACUAAUUGGAAACAAUCUAUCUCAUUCUCAUUUAAAUUGCACACUGAAUUUUUGAUGUAUGCCUUCCAGUCCCAAUCGAAGAAAGAGAUACUAAUCAAAUAAAAGAAAAGACCAAGCAACGUUCCUUUUUAUUAAAUUUGUUGGAAUUAUAUUAGAUCUUUUAUACUUAACCCGUCCUUUUUCCAUCUCACUUCUACUCUUUGGAUCUGUGUGUGAUUCAUAGAAUACCAGUCAUAUAAUACCUCAUAAUUGUAUGUACAUAAUUGUAUGUAUAAGUAUAACGAAGGAGGAGUAUAUAAGGAAGACGGUAGGGUUAUUUAUAGAAAAGAAAAAGUGGAAAAGGAUGAAAAUUCAAUGGGAUUCUUUAUUGGAUCAGGAAUCCCAUUUCAGAUUUAGUAUGGAUAAAGGAUCUUCCUAUGUUAUACUAUUCAAUUCUCGACGAUGAAUCGAUUUGAUAGAUCAGAUAUUGUUAUUCAUAAUAUUGAUCCGAUUCAGUAUCAUCAGGAUGCAAUUCAUCCCAUUGAAUUUACAGGAAUCAAAUUUCUCAUCUCUAUGGGAUUAGAUCCCGAGUUAUUGCGAAGUAAAAAAACAAUGAGAUUAUGGAAGUAAAUAUUCUCGCAUUUAUUGCUACUGCACUGUUCAUUCUAGUUCCUACUGCCUUUUUACUUAUCAUCUACGUAAAAACAGUCAGUCAAAAUGAUUAAUUUGACUGAAACUUGAUUUAUUAGUUCUUAUCAAUGAUUGAAUAAAUGAAAGAAACGGAUUCAAACUCCAAGUCUUAAAUGAAAUGAUCUGUCUGGAAUCAUAAGUAUCUGAGAUAAUAAGUAUCUGAGAUAGUAGUAUCUGAGCCGAGAUAGUAUGGUAUAGUAUUUAUUAUCCUAUUAAUGAUUUUCAUAGAAAGUUGUACUGUAUACAGAUAUAGGCUUUUAUAUAGAGAAAGCCUAUAUCUAGGUCAAUAUACAAUAUGUAUGUACAUAGAUUAGAUGUAUAUCUAAAUAGUACAUCAAAAUAACAGUCCAAUUCUAUUAUUUUUUUGGCUACAUUUACUUGUGUGGAUUUCGAUCAAUUCAAAAUAAUUGAAGACCAACUCUUCUAAUUCCUGGCUUUCUUAGAAUUUAUAUAUAUAUAGGUAUAGGUCCCGAGAUCUAUCAAAGGAAUCAAUGGAGCAAGACAAAAAGAGUAUGGGCAUAUUCUACUAUAAAUUAAAUAAAAAAAAAGAUAAAAGAAAACGAAACCAAAGAAAAGAAUCUUUUUCUUUUUUUAGAUUUCCCAUCUCAAGAAGUCAUUGCUUGAUCUAUUAACAGAUGAUCUGCGGAGUUCUAUUCCAUGAUAACUUCUUCAGAUUUGAAAAAGAAGUAGAUUAAUAGAGUAGACCUUCCCAAUUUUUUAUGCUUAAACAUGACAUGAGAUGAGUCAAAAAAAGCAUAAAAAAAUCUCUAGGAGUCUAAAAAAAAGGUGAAAUGCGCGAUAUGUGGAUCGCUCAACGGAAGAAAGAUCUAAUCUUAUUAUGUGUAGAACCUCUUUGGACAACAACUAGUCAUUUCCAAUAGAAAGUAUGUAUUGUCGUAAUCUAAUAUAAUUAGAAUAGCGGAACGGCUUUCUCUUCUCUUAGAACAGUAAAAGUAAAGAAAGAGGGAAACAAAUAAAGAAAAAAAGAAAAAACCAAUUUCAGAUUUUUUCUUUUUGUAAUAUCCAUAAUUCUGGUAAGAGCUGGUUUAUCAAAAUAGAAUAUUUAGGAAGAAUUCGGUUGGAAAAAAUUUCCUAUCAUGCGUAGAUUUAGGUUUCGAAAUACAACUAUAGUAAUCAUUCAUUCUUUGAUCGAAUGGUUAUUAUUCAUUAUUGUAUUUUCUUAUUCAUUACUGUAUUUCAGUAUAAUUUUGAAACAGAGACAUUCUUUUUUUAAAGCUUUGCAAAACGAUCAAUUAAACAAUUGAUAGAAUUCAAUUACUCAAUCGAUUACUCGAUUAGUAGUACCCCUAGAGUCCACUCCUUCCCCAUACUACGAGUGAGAGGGAAAAUGUAAAGACUACCAUUAAAGCAGCCCAAGCGAGACUUACUAUAUCCAUAUAAAUUAUGUCUCCUAUCUCUAUGAAGGAAUUAUUCCAUUAUUGAUCAAUAAUCAUAGUGGAAUCAAUGGCGCAGAGUCAAAAUGGAAUUCUGACUUAACUUAAGGCUAUUGAUGAACCAAUCCAAUGAAUCUACUCGUAACAAGAUUAUAAGAUUUCUGGUAGAAUCGGGAAGCAUUAAGCAUAAAUACAAUACACACACCUUUUCUCGGAAAAUGAAAUAACAAAGGAAUACUCCUAUCCCAAUGGAACAUGUAGGAGUACUAAGACCUAUUGUUUGUUACCCUUUUUCAUAAGCAAAAGACAUCAAAAUAUACCAUCAAGAUAGAUAACUAUCUAUCAGAUACCUCUAUUUCCUAUUUGAUCUAAGCCUUACUGUUUUUUUUGUGAAAGAAUGGGGAGACACCAUCACCAGUAUUACAUACAUUCUUUCUUUUUUUCGUAAUCCCCCUAUCUUACACGGGCAAAGAAAUUCCUACACGGGCAAAGAAAUUUUUUUGUUUCUUCAACUUUUACUUUUACUCUUUACUCAAUAAGAGCCGACCAACUAUCCUGAUUGAAUGUUUGAGUACUCAGAGACUCUCGUGAGUCUGGAUACAAAGUAUCUUCAGUCCUUUCCACAACUUCUAAAUUGAUUUCCCAUCAGCCUAUCCAAUCGAAUUCCAGACAGAGUCAGUAGACACAACGGUGGUAGUGUAAAAUAAUUAGGAAUUCUUGAUAGUCUUUCGUACAAUCUCUUCUUCAAUCCUAGUAGCAAAAAUGGAGUGUCCUUUAGGAACCUUUGGAUACCAAGAUUUCCGACCUCUUACUUUCGUAGUUUUGAAUCCCAGAAUUUACUUUCACUAUUUAUUUAUUCUACUUAUAAAAUAAAUGUCCGAACCAAUCAUAAUCAUAUUAAAAUCAUAAUCAUAUUAAUAAGUAAGGCUUACUUCAUCCCUAUUUGUACCGGUUUGGGCCACACCCAAAGCCCGGAUUUUUAGAAAAAAAUUGACUUUCUUUAAAAAAAUUGACUUUCUUUAUAGAACUACAGAUUCUAAAAAUAAAGUAUCGAUAGGCUUAUCCUUUUGCCUCUCCUUCUCCGGGGACAGAAUUCGUCGAGUUAAAUCAGCAGAAUAAGAAAUCCCAAGUUUUUUGUUGAUCAGGCGACACCCAGAUUUGAACUGGGGAUAAAGGAUUUGCAGUCCCCCGCCUUACCACUUGGCCAUGUCGCCAAACCAAAUUCGAUCCAAAUAAGAUAAAAAAUAGAUUUCUGGUCAAAGACUGAAAAAUUCAGGGCAAAUUGGAACCAUUAACUAUUUGUUUUGUUGUUUUGAAUUAGCGAAAGGUUCUUCAAUUUGUAUCUCAAAUUGUUGCGUUUCCUUAAUGGCAUAACAAAAUCAAAUUGAUUUAUGACUAAUUCAGUAUCAAUUAUUUUCAAUAAUCAAUCUUUUUCAAUUUCAAUUAUAACAAUAUAAAUUAUAACAAUAUAUAUGUGUAUAUGUAAACCUCAAAACAGAAAUUGUUACACAGAUACCGCUCUUAUGUACAUAUCCCAUAUCCCUAUAGAGAAUCGUCGUGCCUUCUUUUUUCAUUUUCUAUAUGCAAUAGAAAAAAUAGGAAUUAUGAUAUAGUGCGACCUGACUUCUGUUGCCACAAGUGAAAUUACGAUAAAAGAUGUGAUAUGCGGACAGGUAGAUAGCUAUAUUGGCAUGCACUUAAUAAAUAUUACUCCUAUUACGCAAUUCAAUCAUAUUCUAUAUAUUCUACUAGCAAAAAAAUAAUUCGAAAUUUUUUUUGAACAUGAAAUGAAACUCAAAUAAAAUUAAGUAUGCUAAAAAGGGAAACUCUAUAUUGUUCCUGUUGUACCUGUCGCAAAUUCGAACUUGCGUCGAAAAUGCUCUUCAUUCCUCUGUCUCAUUUCCGUUCAUACGUAUGAAAUACAUAUAUGGUAUAUGGAGUUGGCUAAAAUUUCAUGUGAUUCAGUAAACAGAAUAUACAUUCCAUCAUUGCUAGAUCGAUCCGUAUGGUUCGAUAAAUAGUGAGCUAAUAAUGGGAUUUUUCAAUAAACAGGAAACUUAAGAUUAAGAUGCUCCGGAAUGAUGGAAAUGAGGGAAUGUCCACAAUACCUGGAUUUAGUCAGAUCCAAUUUGAGGGAUUUUGUAGGUUCAUUAAUGAGGGCUUGACGGAAGAAUUUCAUAAGUUUCCAAAAAUUGAAGAUACAGAUCAAGAAAUUGAAUUUAAAUUAUUUGUGGAAAGAUAUCAAUUGGUAGAACCCUUGAUAAACGAAAGAGAUGCUGUGUAUGAAUCACUCACAUAUUCUUCUGAAUUAUAUGUACCCGCGGGAUUAAUUUGGAAAACCGGUAGAGAUAUGCAAGAACAAACCGUUUUUAUUGGAAACAUUCCCCUAAUGAAUUCCCUGGGAACCUUUAUAGUAAAUGGAAUAUACAGAAUUGUGAUCAAUCAAAUAUUGCAAAGUCCUGGUAUUUACUACCGUUCAGAAUUGGACCAUAACGGAAUUUCUGUCUAUACCAGCACAAUAAUAUCAGAUUGGGGAGGAAGAUCGGAAUUAGAAAUUGAUAGAAAAGCAAGGAUAUGGGCCCGUGUAAGUAGGAAACAAAAAAUAUCUAUUCUAAUUCUAUCAUCAGCUAUGGGUUCGAAUCUAAGAGAAAUUCUAGAUAAUGUUUGUUACCCUGAAAUUUUCUUGUCUUUCCCGAAUGAUAAGGAGAAAAAAAAGAUUGGGUCAAAAGAAAAUGCUAUUUUGGAAUUUUAUCAACAAUUUGCUUGUGUAGGCGGGGAUCCGGUAUUUUCUGAGUCUUUAUGUAAAGAAUUACAAAAGAAAUUUUUUCAACAAAGAUGUGAAUUAGGAAGGAUUGGUCGACGAAAUAUGAACCGGAGACUGAAUCUUGAUAUACCUCAGAACAAUACAUUUUUAUUACCACGAGAUGUAUUGGCUGCUGCGGAUCAUUUGAUCGGAAUUAAAUUUGGAAUGGGUACACUUGACGAUAUGAAUCACUUGAAAAAUAAACGGAUUCGUUCUAUAGCGGAUCUGUUACAGGAUCAAUUCGGACUGGCUCUUGUUCGUUUAGAAAAUGCGGUUCGAGGAACUAUAUGUGGAGCAAUUCGGCAUAAAUUGAUACCGACUCCUCAAAAUUUGGUAACUUCAACUUCAUUAACAACCACUUAUGAAUCGUUUUUUGGCCUACAUCCUUUAUCUCAAGUUUUGGAUCGAACUAAUCCAUUGACACAAAUCGUUCAUGGGCGAAAAUUGAGUUAUUUGGGUCCUGGAGGAUUGACGGGGCGAACUGCUAGUUUUCGGAUACGAGAUAUUCAUCCUAGCCACUAUGGACGUAUUUGUCCAAUUGACACGUCCGAAGGAAUCAAUGUUGGACUUAUUGGAUCCUUAGCCAUUCAUGUGAGGAUUGGCCAUUGGGGAUCUAUAGAGAGUCCAUUUUAUGAAAUAUCUGAAAGAUCAAAAGAGGCACAGAUAGUUUAUUUAUCACCAAAUAGAGAUGAAUAUUAUAUGGUAGCAGCGGGAAAUUCUUUGGCCUUGAAUCGGGGUAUUCAGGAAGAACAGGUUGUUCCAGCCCGAUACCGUCAAGAGUUCCUGACUAUUGCAUGGGAACAGAUUCAUCUUAGAAGUAUUUUUCCCUUCCAAUAUUUUUCUAUUGGAGCUUCCCUCAUUCCUUUUAUCGAGCAUAAUGAUGCGAAUCGGGCUUUAAUGAGUUCUAAUAUGCAGCGCCAAGCAGUUCCGCUUUCUCAGUCCGAGAGGUGCAUUGUUGGAACUGGACUGGAACGCCAAACGGCUCUGGAUUCGGGGGUUUCCGCUAUAGCCGAACACGAGGGAAAGAUCAUUUAUACUGACCCUCACAAGAUCAUUUUAUCAAGUAAUGGGGACACUACUAUAAGUAUAAGUAUUCCAUUAGUUAUCUAUCAACGUUCCAACAAAAAUACUUGUAUGCAUCAAAAACCUCAGGUUCCGCGGGGUAAAUGCAUUAAAAAAGGACAAAUUUUAGCGGACGGUGCGGCUACAGUUGGGGGGGAACUUGCUUUAGGAAAAAACGUAUUAGUAGCUUAUAUGCCAUGGGAGGGUUACAAUUCUGAAGACGCAGUACUAAUUAGCGAACGUCUGGUAUAUGAAGAUAUUUAUACUUCUUUUCACAUCCGGAAAUAUGAAAUUCAGACUCAUGUGACAAGCCAAGGACCUGAAAGAAUCACUAAGGAAAUACCACAUCUAGAGGCUCAUUUACUCCGCAAUUUAGACAGAAAUGGAGUUGUGAUGCUGGGAUCUUGGGUAGAAACAGGUGAUAUUUUAGUAGGUAAAUUAACACCUCAGACAGCAAACGAAUCGUCGUAUGCUCCAGAGGAUAGAUUAUUACGAGCCAUACUUGGAAUUCAGGUAUCCACUGCAAAAGAAACUUCUCUAAAACUACCUAUAGGCGGAAGAGGUCGCGUUAUUGAUGUGAGAUGGAUCCGGAAAAAGGGGGGUUCCUGUUAUAAUUCAGAAAUGAUUCGUGUAUAUAUUUCACAGAAACGUGAAAUCAAAGUAGGUGAUAAAGUAGCUGGAAGACAUGGGAAUAAGGGUAUCAUUUCAAAAAUUUUGCCUAGACAAGAUAUGCCCUAUUUGCAAGAUGGAACACCUGUUGAUAUGGUCUUCAACCCAUUAGGAGUACCAUCACGAAUGAAUGUGGGACAGAUAUUUGAAUGCUCGCUCGGGUUAGCGGGGGAUCUGCUAAAGAGACAUUAUAGAAUAGCACCUUUUGAUGAGAGAUAUGAGCAAGAGGCUUCGAGAAAACUAGUGUUUUCCGAAUUAUAUGAAGCCAGUAAGCAAACAAAAAAUCCAUGGGUAUUUGAACCCGAAUAUCCGGGAAAAAGCAGAAUAUUUGAUGGAAGAACAGGAAAUCCUUUUGAACAACCUGUUCUAAUAGGAAAGUCCUAUAUUUUAAAAUUAAUUCAUCAAGUUGAUGAUAAAAUCCAUGGACGUUCUAGUGGACAUUACGCACUUGUUACACAACAACCCCUUAGAGGAAGGGCGAAGCAAGGGGGACAACGAGUAGGGGAAAUGGAAGUUUGGGCUCUAGAGGGAUUUGGUGUUGCUCAUAUUUUACAAGAGAUGCUUACUUAUAAAUCUGAUCAUAUUAGAGCUCGUCAAGAAGUACUUGGUGCUACGAUCAUUGGAGGAAGAGUAUCUAACCCAGAAGAUGCUCCAGAAUCUUUUCGAUUGCUCGUUCGAGAACUACGAUCUUUAGCUCUAGAACUGAAUCAUUUCCUUGUAUCUGAGAAGAACUUCCAGAUUAAUAGGAAGGAAGCUUGAUCUGAAUGAAUCAGAAUUUCUAUUCUAUGAUUGACCGGUAUAAACAUCAACAACUUCGAAUUGGACUAGUUUCUCCUCAACAAAUAAAGGCUUGGGCCAACAAAA